AUGGGCAAAGAGUGGCUGCAUUGGGGGGGUGGGGGUAGAUCUACCAAGAGAGGAAGAAUAUCAGAUGUAAAAGAAGCAUCACCAUCUGGUUGCAUGUGUGCUGUUUUUCAAAUCUUUGAUUUACAUCACUUUCAGUUUCCUUUGCACCACCACCAUUCCUCUCAUUUCCACACCCAUUCUUUAUUUCAAGAAGAAGACACUACUGUACUCAAAGGAGUGGAAGCGCCAAGGAACAGCUUGGCGUUAGAGGAGUGUCCCAUGGACGCUGCAGCUUCACUCUCAUUAGCCAUGAAAGAAGAUGAAAAUUCGAACUUCCCAAUGGGAAUUCGAAUCAAAACAGGCCGUGAAAAUAAAUCACCUAGAGUGUCUACUUCAGAUUAUAUUUCUUCAGAAUGCAGUAUUUCUCCAGGGACAAAAACUCCAAAUUUAGUAGCAAGACUUAUGGGUCUUGAUCUCCUUCCUGAAUCCACCUCUCCUUCAUUAUCAUCAAAUUCCAGAACUGUAAAAAAAUCCCAGUUUCAUCCUCGAGGACAUUUAAAUUCCGGUGUUCGUUCCUUACCGGAGACGCCAAGAAUUUCAUCAGCCAGAAGGUCAGAUGUUGAGCACAGGCUGUCCCUUCAAAUUGACAAAGAGAAUUUCUGUGAAGAAAUUGAAUUCAAGAAAAUGGGUACAAGGAGAGAAUUCAAGAAAGAGGAUGAAAAUAAAAAUCAAGGCCAAUAUGCGAAGCAGAUAGUGAAGCAAAUUAAAGAAAAUAUCAGCAGAAAAGUUGGUACUGAUAUUACUAACGCAAUCAGAAACAGUGAGAUGAGAAGGGAUGAACAUCUUGUUCUACUGAAGCCCAGAAAUUCAUCCAGGAUUUUAACAGGACUUGAAGAUGAAUCCAGACCAGGGAAAGGUUCAAAUCCAUCCAGGAUUUUAACAGGUGAAUCCACUCCUGGAAAACAACCAAAUCCAUUGAAGAUUUUAACAGGAUUCGACAAUGAAUCCAGGCCCGGAAAACAACCAAAACCAUCUUUUUCAUCAGGGCUCCGGUUCUUGGAGUCUAAGAACAAACCCGUCGAAAACUCAAUCCACAAAUGCAAGAAAGUUGCAAGUGACAAAUACGAUUCGUCUGCCAAGAAACCUCCACAAGCUUCUUAUGCUAUAAGGAACAAGAAAGAGGAACCGUUCAUUCGUUCAGCAAAAUCAAAUCUUUCAGACAAGAAGAACAAGAAAAAUACUCCUUUGUCAAAUGAAUUUCUCAAUAUCAAGACAGACCCUUCACGUCCAACUCCAAGCCCCCAAAAUGUAAAACUGGCCAAGUUUGAAGAUGGCAGCUGCAAUUUUACGUCGCAGGUAUCAGAUGUUCUUUCAUCAAAAAAGAGCACACAGUUAUCUAGUUGUCCGAGCCCAUCGUACAAUCAAGAAACAUUCAAUCCAGAAAACAUCAAACAAGACAAACGUAACGGUGCUCCUACCUUCGGCGAUCGAGAUUACACUCAGUACAUACAAAAAAUUCUUAAACGUACUGGGAUUAUAGACAAUGGUGCCCCAGUGUCGUUGGCCAAAUGGUACUCCGCUUCACACCCUCUUGAUCCAUCAAUUUUCCACCACCUCGAGCUCCUCCACCCCACCGUUUCCACUCCCAAACAAUCCAAAUUCUUAAACCAAAGAUGCAACAGAAAGCUCAUUUUCCAACUAGUAAAUGAACUUUUGGUGGAAAUUCUUAAACCUCGUACUACACGGAGUUGCAGACUUUCUGGAUCGGAUUUGAUUGACAGAUUAGGCGAGAAAAUACAGAAUUUUCCCUCAGCAAAUUGCCAAGUUCUUGAAGACAUUGAUGCAUUGAUAGAUACAGAUUUGUGCAAGUCGUCGUCAUCAAAUGGAUUCUAUGAAGAAGAAGAAGGUGAUACUGUAGUAUCAGAUAUUGACCGUAGGAUUCUGGAUUCCCUAGUGCAUGAAACUGUAACGGUGUUGUACGAUACGAUGCGGUCCGUAAAGUGUAAGAACAUGUUCUGA